CCGCAGAUAAUAAGAAAAGCGGGUUAUCCCGUGGAAACUCACGUUAUACAGACGGAGGAUGGUUAUCUCUUAACACUUCAUCGUAUCCCAGGUGACACGAAUCAGCCACCCGUGUUGUUGCAGCAUUGUUUGUUGUGCAGCUCCGCUGCCUGGGUCAUUUCCGGCAAGGAUAAAGGACUUGCUUUUAUAUUGGCCAAUCAGGGAUACGACGUUUGGCUGGGCAAUUUUCGUGGAAAUGUCUAUUCAAGAGCGCAUGUUUCUUUAUCUCCAUCGGAUUCAAAAUUUUGGAAUUUCAGCUUUCACGAAAUGGGCAUUUACGAUUUACCCGCGACGAUCUUGUAUAUCAAGAAUACGACAUCGCAACCAUUGGAUACGUACAUUGGUCAUUCGAUGGGUACGACUGCAUCUUACGUGAUGGCAGCGGAACGUCCGGAUAUUGCUCGAAUGGUGCGAGCGAUAAUUAGUCUCGCGCCUGCAGCUUUUAUGAAACAUACAAAAAGUCCAUUACGAUUCAUUGCUCCAUUUGCGGACAAUUUUCAGAUAAUAGCGCACUUCUUUGGCCACGGCGAAUUGCUGCCGCAGAACGAUGUAUUGGAAUUUUUGGCGAAAGUCGGCUGCGAAACA